GGCACAAGUUGCGGCUGGAUUUGGCUCUUCCACACCCCGGAGUCUGCCCAGCCUCUGUCCACAGCAUUUCUUUUCCCCUCAUAAAUUCCGGGGGAUUGUUCUCCUCUUCAAAGGGGUACCUGGAGACUUGUCCCGUGUACACCUGCUCCUGUACCCCCACCAGCCCAGCAGCCUGGGGACGAUGGGCCAGGCUGGGGGUGACCACAUGCCUUGCAGGUGCUCGCAGGACGCCAGCGAUCACUGUGUGCUGAGGCUGGCACAGAGACAUGAGUGGCAACACGAGCCAGCGCGCCGCCGCCCUGGGGGUCCUCUUUGCCCUGAUCAUGUUGCUGAUCAUCUACAGCUCUGGCAACGGGAGCGAGGUGUUCCCCUACAGCCGCCUGCGGGGCAGAGCCCGCCGGCCCCCCGACCUCAAGAAGUGGGGGGUGAAAAGCGGGUACCUGCCUGUCUGUGGGAACAAGACCCUGACUGCCCGCUGCCACCAAUGCGUCAUUGUCACCAGCUCCAGCCACCUCCUGGGCACCCACCUGGGCACAGUCAUCGACGGGGCUGAGUGCACCAUCCGCAUGAACGAUGCUCCUACCACGGGCUACAGUGCUGAUGUGGGCAACAAGACCAGCUUCCGCGUGGUGGCCCACUCCAGCCUCUACCGUGUCCUCAAGCGGCCCCAGGAGUUUGUCAACAAGACCCCAGAGACCAUUUUCAUCUUCUGGGGGCCGCCCACCAAGAUGCAGAAGAGCCUCCUGAAGAUCAUCCAGCGCGUCUGCGCCUCAUUCCCCAACAUGACCGCCUAUGUUGUCUCCCCCGGCCGCAUGAAGCAGUUUGAUGACCUGUUUCGGGGAGAGACAGGCAAGGACAGGGAGAAGUCUCGCUCGUGGCUCAGCACUGGCUGGUUCACCAUGGUGAUCGCAGUGGAGCUGUGUGAUGCCAUCCACGUCUAUGGCAUGGUGCCACCCAGCUACUGCGGCCGCCACCCCCCACCCCGCCGCCUGCCCUACCACUACUACGAGCCCAAGGGCCCGGACGAGUGCACAACCUACAUCCACAACGAGCGGAGCCGCAGGGGCAACCACCACCGCUUCAUCACUGAGAAAAGGGUCUUUGCCAGCUGGGCCGGCCUCUACAACAUCACCUUCUCCCACCCCACCUGGACCUAGAGGCUCCCCCAUACCUGCCGGGCGCACCCCUGCAGCUGGCAUGGAUGGGCGUUCCCCUGCAUCCCCCUGGGA